AAUAACUUUUUGUGUUUGAAUCAACUGUUGUUCUGUGCUUGUGCUAUCAAAUUUUUUGAAUUAGUUUUCUCUUCUCUUGGAUAAAUUUUCCUUUUUUGUCCCAUACGAUACCACAAAAGAGAAGCAGAGAGCUUUCGAUAUUAACAUUAUCCCAUACAUUAUCAUUGCAACCAAAUUUAAUAAUGAAAUGAUAACUCCCGCCAAAAUAAAAUGAAAUAACCUGUAUCAGAGUCUGUCCUGUAGUCAAAAAAUGUAAAUAUUGUAAAUGCUGUGCCGUGCUAACAAGUAGAUAGAUACAAAUAAUAAGCAGUAUAUUCUUAAUCAAAGGGUAAAUCUUUAUUAUAAUCUUCAAUUUCAAUUCGUGUUAUGUGUGUGAUUUAAAUUUCCCCAUUGUAACAAUGGUAGUGGUGAAUAUAAAUGGUAUAGAUGUAAUUUUCCCUUUCGAACCCUAUGAAAUCCAAAAAAAUUAUAUGAGUAAAGUGAUAGAAUGCCUAUCAACAGAAAAUAAUGGAAUUUUGGAAUCUCCGACUGGUACAGGAAAAACUUUAUCACUCUUAUGUUCUACAUUAGCAUGGCUCGAAGCCAAAAAGGCUCAAUUACAGUUAGAACGGGGUAUGCUUGAAAAUCAGGAUGAUGAUUUUUUGAAGAGGCUCAAUGAGCAAUUGGGAAUGAAAAGUGGAAGAAGUGGAAAAUCAUUUCUUGGUGUACCAACUAUAAUCUAUGCUUCGAGAACACAUACACAACUAACACAAGCAGUGGGUGAAAUGAAGAUGACCGCUUAUAAUCAUAUGAAGGCUUGUGUGAUAGGUUCUAGAGAACAAAUGUGCAUUCAUCCAGAAGUUGUCAGGGAACAGAAUAAUCAGACAAAGAUUACGAUGUGUAAUCUCAAAACAAAAACAAGGACUUGCAAUUUUUAUAAUAACUUACAAAAGAAAAAAGAAGACCCACAAAUAAGGAAUAUAAAUAUUGUUGAUAUUGAAGAUUUGGUAGCAUUGGGAAAAUCUCAUAGAUUUUGCCCUUAUUUCAUGGCAAAAGAAUUCAAAUCAAAUUCUGACAUCGUAUUCAUGCCAUACAAUUAUCUAUUAGAGCCUAGAUUCAGGAAAACAUUAGGUAUCGAACUAGCAAACAAUAUCAUUAUAUUAGAUGAAGCGCAUAAUGUAGAAAAAAUGUGUGAGGAAUCAGCAUCCUUGCAAUUAAAAUCAACCGAUAUAGCUCUAGCUAUCGAGGAAGUUACAACAAUUAUGAAAAUGCUCACCGAACAACCAGCGGUAUUCGAUGAUGAAAAUACAUCCAGGGAUUUUUCUGCCGAUGAUCUGAUAAUACUCAAACAAAUCCUUCUAGAUUUAGAAAAAGAACUGGAUGCAAUUACAUUGAGUAAGAAUCCUGAGGGUACAACAUUUGGUGGAAACUUUAUUUUCGAGCUGUUGACUAAAGCGGGGAUAAAACAAGAAAACCAUCAGAUAAUUAUCGUUCUGCUUGAAAAAUUAGUGGAGUUUUUGAGUGUAGCUGCGGAAGAUGGUCCUUUUAAAAGGAGGGGAAAUGCACUGAAACUAAUUGAAGAUGCUCUGAGGGUUAUAUUCCUGGAUAAUUCUGCUCAAUAUAAACAAAGGGUUGAUAAAUGUUAUAAGGUUCACAUAAUCGUUGAAGAGCCAAAAAAGAAAGAAAACAAUUCUUGGUUUUCAAAAAAGAGUAAAGAUUCUUGCAGAGUUUUGAGCUACUGGUGUUUCAGUCCAGGUUUCGGAAUGAAAAUGCUUCUUGAUGAAGGUGUACGCUGCUGUAUUCUCACCAGUGGUACAUUAGCACCUUUGAAACCAUUAAUCACUGAAUUGGAAUUCCAAAAUCCCGUCCACUUAGAAAACCCCCAUGUUGUCCAAGAUACUCAGCUUUGCGUGAGGAUUAUAUCUAACGGUCCCGAUAACGAGAGGUUGACCUGUUCUUUCCAAAAUAGGGAUAACGAAAAUUAUUUGAGGUCUUUAGGGUAUACAAUAAUGAACAUGACCCGACUUAUACCUAACGGUCUAUUGAUCUUCUUUCCCUCGUACCCUAUCAUGAACAAAUGUAUGGAGUAUUGGCAGAACCAUGGAAUUUGGAGCAGUAUAACGAAUUUAAAAUCAAUAUACACCGAACCCAGGGACAAAGUAUCAUUUUCUAAUGCAAUGACUGAAUAUUAUGAUAAAAUCAGAGAUCCAACUGCUAAGGGAGCGAUAUUUAUGGGUGUUUGUAGGGGAAAAAUAUCGGAAGGGUUGGAUUUUGCAGAUCUGAAUGGACGAGGUGUGAUAAUUGUCGGACUGCCUUUUCCACCCCUGAAAGAUCCCCGUGUAAUAUUGAAAAAGAGGUAUUUGGACAAUUGUAGAUCGACAAAUCAGGAGUAUAUAGGGGGAGAUAAGUGGUAUACUCUGGAAGCCUGUAGGGCGGUUAAUCAAGCAAUAGGAAGAGUAAUAAGACAUAGAAAUGACUAUGGGGCCAUUUUAUUACUGGAUGAACGUUUUAAGAACCCUAACAUCCAAUCCCAACUAUCUUCAUGGCUGAGAGACAGAAUAAAAAUCGUUCAAAAUUUCGGAGAAAUAACUAGGGAUCUUAGGUUGUUUUAUAAGCACGCAUCCGAAAAGUUUCCCCUUUGUAACAACAAAAAAGCUACAGCAGGUCUUCCAAAGGAGUUGAGGAGUGAAACUCAACAAUCACAUUCCUUCAGCAACGCUUACAAUUGCUUUCAGUUCAGUUCUGACGGUAGUAGUUCAAACCAGCAAUCCUCAAGUAAUUCGCUUGGGGAAAGUAGCUCUUCUACAAGCUCGAUGUUGGAAGGUUACAGAAAGAGAGUAGGUGCACAAAUAGGCGGAAUCGCCAAGAAAAUGAAGAUUAGAUUAGUACCAAAUCCCACAGUAGAAAAUACUAAGGAAGAAGAGAAUGAAGCAGUUUCUGAAAGUACCAAAGAAUAUAUUGCAAUGGUUCGUAAGGCUUUUGAUGUAAAAACCUUCAAAGAAUUCGUUGCGAUAUUGCAAGCAUACAAACAAAAUAAGAAUUUAGAUGAAUUGAAGAAUAGGCUUGAUGAAAUUUUUAAAUCUAGGCAUAAUUUGAGAUAUCUUUUACAGGGAGUGGAAAAAUAUGUGGAUAAAGAUCAGAAAGAGGAAUUCAGAAUCUUCUGGGAACAGUCCAGAUGAAUGUUUUACAAUGUUUUUUUUUUCUUGUAAAUAGAACGAAAUAUUUAUUUUUUGAGUUUUAACUAAUAUACUUACUUCAGGAAUUUCAA